CUGUACGGAGAUCAGAUAAAGCAAUCAAUCGCAGUUGACGUAUGCAUUAAACACCUGAGAUUCCUUAAUUGUCUCAAUACUGUCUGCAUGGAAACACUGCCAUUGCUUUUGUUAGUAGUGGCCAGCAAUGAUCAUCUCGAAUCUACCUGCAUUUACCUUCGAACUUGUUAGCACCAUGACAUAGUUUCUGCCUUAAAACACUACGGAGAAAAUGGACAGUGUGAAUAACAAUAUACCAAGCGUUAACCGCAAGAAACCCAACACCCACACAAAGAUAACAGACGUUUACCUAGAUGACGAAACGUUGACACUAUGGCGUCCGGCAACAAACUGCAAACAGUACCAUCUCAUUCCCGAAACAAUCAAAGGAGACGAGUGGCCUAUGCUUCUUCAACUGUACUAUACAAAAUUCGACUGCGUCAGUUGUGUCCUGCCUUUUGAUGAAGCAAUUCCGGUUAUCACCCACCAAGCGACAACCUUGCUGCCGACCCAGGACUACUCCAUUCUCAGAAAUUAUCCUAGGAUAAAGGGACUGUGGUUUCGUCCCGACCGCACCGAUUCUGUGGGACUCGACGAUGAAUCUGCUGUGGGAAAUAUUAAAUUCUCAUUCACUUUUCCAGAAGAGGAAAGAGAAAACCUCUUAAGCAAUAUGAACAUUUAUUUUUUGGAAGUCUUGGAUUAUGAGUCUGAUGAUAAGUCGGUCUCAAGGUUUCUCAUCACCAAGGAAACAUACAGCGAACUUCCGAAAUACAAUAUUUAUAAACCAGGCGGACCAAUUUUUAUUCAGAAGGAAAAGAACGAUGCAAACGUCGAAUCUGAAACGUAUUAUUUUCUAAAGAUUUGCCAGAGUUACACAGGCAAAGCAAUGGAACAUGUAGUGGAACUUAUCCUUGAAGAAGACCCUUGGCCGAUGUGUAAAAUAUCGGCCGUGACACACAAGCCUCUCUGCAGUCGAUCAUCGAUUCACGACCACACAGAAGACUUAACCAGGGAACACCACUUUAACAUGCGAUAUUUCGGGGCACCUUGGGAACAAGCCCUGGCCGGACUUUUUGCGUGGUCCCUCCGGACAAAUAUUCCUUGGUUAGUUUAUGAGAGACUUCACGACAACAUUAAGGGAUCCGUCAAUCUUGCAGCAUUAACAACACCCUUUCAGCAAGUUUUCACCGCCAAAGUCCCCUCGAUCUGCAGCAAAAAAAUCAAUCUGCUCUUUCAGCUUGCACCAUUUGUUGACAAAUGCGAAAAUCAGCAAGAUUUGAUUCAACUUCAAGAGCUCCACAGUUCCUUGCAUAGUUGUGAUGCUUUAUGUACGUUUAAAAGUUUGAAAAAUAUUGAAAUGAACAAAAUCCUAUCGCCAUAUUUGUCUUUGCUAGAGAGAAUUAUUGCAUGUGUCUCCAGUACUGUCCGGAGAGAGUUAAUGGAAUCACUUUUACCGUGGUCAGUGGUGGCCUAUCACUUCCACAAUCAUCAAAUUGAAAGCUGUAUGAAAAUGGUGGGGUUCAUUUACCAGCUUGAAGGGAUUCGAUGCACACCCAAACCACCAGAAUCGUCGUUGAAUAGCUCUUUCUUCUUUCCCUCCACGUCUGGUGGUUACAAUACUGACGUCACGUCAGGUAUACACUCGUUAAGCACGUCACCAGUCACGUGGGAGGAGGACAUGAGUCCCUAAGCAACAUGCAUUUUCAGUUAUAAAUCAAGAGACUUUUUGAUGUUUUAUUUGUAAUGUCCAACAUUUACGGGUAGAGUGCUCGGCCCUCCUAGCAGAAUACUGCAUAAAUAAAAACUUCAAAGAAAA